ACUGGACAAAAAUUAAUGUUCAAAUUUCUAAACGUAACUACUUUUAUUUUAAUAUGACUGCGAUAUGAAUUCAAACAUUCUCCAUCAAGAGAUGCUCGAACAAAUAUUUCCGGAGAAAUAAUCCGCAAAGUUUUUUCUAGGUUUCAAAGGGAAAUCAGAAUAAAUCACACUUAAUUAAAUAGUUUGAAGCAUUUGCAUUAUACAUAUUAUACAGUCUAAUGUUGUACACAGGAGAUUAGAUUAGUCCUGAAGUUUUCCUGACGUUUUCCCACACGGUUUUUAGCAACUGAUUAACCAAUACAAAAUAAUAAUUGUACAUAAUUAAAAUGAAUAAAGUCGACACUUUAUUCAUUUUAAUUCUUAAUUUAUUGUACUGGUACUUGUUAUUGGACUUUAGAAAUCUCAACAUUGAACAAUUUACACUUAUAUAAUAUAAAUUCAGUCUGUGCAGAUGAGUCUCCCGUGGUCCGUUGUUUGUUAAAAAAAUAGUGUUUGUUCAAUAAAGUUGUAAUGAAAAAAAGGUAAACAGACGAACGGGAUGGUCACGUGAUACGUCACGUGAUUCCAGUCAUAGGAUGGGAAACUUUACACCUGAAAGAUUCACAACAGACGGGAAGUUCGUGUCUAGCACGGCUCACCACUAGUGGGACAUUUAUUAUCCUCCGUUGUCUUCUGGUUCAGCGUCUCUGAAGACACUUCGGCGUUCACCUGCCGGACUCACCUGUCGGCGUCAUGCUGGCCGCGGUUGUCCUCGCGGUAACUCUGGUGUCCCAAACGGCGGCUCGGUACACCGCGAACUGGACGAGUUUGGACGCCAGGCCGCUGCCUUCGUGGUACGACGAAGCCAAGGUGGGCAUUUUCGUCCACUGGGGUGUGUUUUCCGUCCCCGGGUUCGGCAGCGAGUGGUUCUGGUGGCACUGGCAGGGCCAGCAGCCCCCGGACCAGAAGUGCGUGAGCUACAUGUCGAAGAACUACCCGCCUGGUUUCAGCUACCCGGAGUUCGCGCCCCAGUUUCACGCUCAGUUCUUCAACCCAGAGGACUGGGCGGACAUAUUCAAGGCGUCGGGUGCAAAGUAUGUCGUCCUGACGGCCAAGCACCACGAAGGCUUCACCAACUGGGCGUCCCCGAACUCCUGGAACUGGAACUCGGUUGAUACUGGUCCUCACAGAGACCUGGUGGGAGACCUGGGGGAGGCAGUGCGCAACAGGUCAUUGCACUAUGGACUCUACAACUCCCUGUAUGAGUGGUUCCACCCUCUCUACCUGGCAGACAAGAAGAAUGGAUUCAAAACGCAGCAGUUUGUGCUGAGUAAACUGCUGCCGGAGCUUUACAACAUGGUUGUAAGGUACAGGCCUGAGGUGAUCUGGUCUGACGGGGACUGGGAAGCACCCGACACCUACUGGAACUCCACCGAGUUCCUGGCCUGGCUCUACAAUGACAGCCCUGUCAAAGAUACUGUCGUGACCAACGACAGAUGGGGAGCUGGCUGUGCCUGUAAACACGGCGGCUACUAUAACUGUGAAGACAAAUACACUCCAGGCCAGCUGCCCAAACACAAGUGGGAGAAGUGCACGUCCGUGGACACGUUUUCCUGGGGUUACCGGCGAAAUAUGAAGAUAAGUGAGCUGAUGGACCUGUCCGCUAUCAUAGAGGAUCUGGUUCGCACUGUGGCUCUGGGAGGUAACUACCUUCUGAAUGUGGGUCCCACACCUGACGGGAUGAUCCCCCCAGUGUUUGAAGAGAGACUCAGGGGUGUUGGCGCCUGGCUGAAGAUCAACGGGGAGGCCAUAUACACCUCCAAACCAUGGAGGGUCCAGAUGGAGAACACCACUGUGCCAGUCUGGUACACAUCCAAAGGAGCCACUGUCUAUGCCAUCAUGACAGCCAAACCUCCCAAGCUCACAUUGCAACUAUUAGGACCCAAAACAUCAGCAGCCACGAAGGUGACCUUGUUGGGGAAUCCGAAUCCCCUAUCCUGGGCCCCAGUCCACCCCGGUGCUGGCCUUACUGUCCUUCUCCCUGAGCUGCCCUAUUCCCCCAGUCAGGCCUGGACUCUCAAACUGGAUGGCAUCCAGUGAGCCGUAAACUCCAGAAGUGUUCAACCCCAGCAAGGUUGAAUAUAAAGAAUGCAUUAAUCUCAGGUUGUGAUUAUGUUUGUGGGAUCUUGGGAAAUGUGUGCACUAUGGUUGAAGGGACAGCGCUUGUGUAAUGGAUCAGUUUUGUUGCCAAAAUGAAAGAAUGAAUCCCUUCCCUUCGAUGAUUCCUUUGUGGCUCCGAGGACUUGACAUUUAAUGGGUCACCGCCUCGUAAUUGAAUGAAGAUUUUCUUCUUAAAUGCUAAAGAUUAUGAAGUGAAAGUGUAAUAUUCUGUUCAGCAAAUCUUUCAUGGCAGCUGCUCAGUGGUCUAAUUGCAGUGUCAACAUUUUUCUUUCAAGGAUAUUUUGAAAACAGUUUACAAAGCACUUUUUACUUUUUUCUUACUGAAUGUUUUUAAAAUGUCUGAAUAAAAGAUGAUUUUUCUGA